UCACAGACGUCACCGACGCCGCCAGAGAGGUUGGAUCAGGCUACUGGGUCUGUGGUUGUCAACACAGAUACACAAACACAAUCAGCUGCACGGCGCCAGGACCAUGGCACAAUAACUCGGCGACAGAAACUGGGACAAUACGAGGCGCCGCACUGCGAGAGGGGAGGAGGAGGUGGGACUGUGCUGCAGCUGCACCACAAUGUGAAGCGAGGCUCUGAGGAGGAGAAAACAUGAAGCGCAAGAGCGAGAGGAGACGAGGGGAGUCGAGGAAGAAGCGGUGCGCAGCUCACCGCGGCUCAGAGGCGGAGCCCAACUCUGACAUGUACAUGGAGAUAACAGAUCAACUGUAUUUCGCCAUACUUCACCAGAAGAUCAAGAGCACCGCAGAGAGACACUGUUUCUGCAUAGACGAGGAGCUGGCGUAUGAGAACUUCUAUGCGGACUUUGGUCCCCUUAACCUGGCCAUGUUUUAUCGCUUCUGCUGCAAGCUGACAAAGAAGCUCAAGUCUAUUACGCUGUCAAAGAAGAAGAUCAUAUUUUAUACAUGUGGAGACCAGAAAAAACAGGCCAAUGCUGCUUACCUAAUAGGCUCAUAUGCGGUAAUGCAUCUAAACAUGAUGCCGGAGGAGGCCUACAGUCUGCUGGUUUCGAGGAAUUCAACAUACAUCCCAUUCAGAGAUGCCUCGUUUGGAAGCUGCAUGUACAACCUGAACAUCCUGGAUUGCCUCCGUGCCGUUCAAAAGGCUCUGCAGUACGGCUGGCUGGAUUUCUCCAACUUCGAUGUGGAGGAAUAUGAGCACUAUGAGAGAGCAGAAAAUGGAGACUUGAACUGGAUCAUUCCAGGGAAGUUCCUUGCGUUCAGCGGACCUCAUCCAAAAAGCAAAAUAGAGAAUGGGUAUCCUCUGCAUGCUCCCGAGGCCUACAUUCCUUAUUUCAGAAAACACAACAUCACCGCUAUUAUCCGCCUCAACAAGAAGAUGUACGAUGCCAGGCGAUUUACAGACUCCGGCUUUGAACACCACGACCUGUUCUUCGUGGACGGGAGUACACCGACCGACAGCAUCGUCAGGAAGUUCCUCAAUAUCUGUGAGAACGCAGAAGGAGCGAUAGCGGUCCACUGCAAAGCUGGUCUUGGGAGGACUGGUACUCUGAUUGGCUGCUAUAUGAUGAAACAUUACGGCCUGACUGCUGCAGAGGCCAUUGCCUGGAUACGGAUCUGCCGGCCAGGGUCCGUCAUCGGGCCUCAGCAGAACUUUGUUGAAGAGAAGCAAAACAAUUUAUGGGCAGAGGGAGAAAUUUUCCGAGAGAAGAUGCUCAACGAACGAGAGAACGGCAAGAUGGCUGUCACAAGGAUCCUGUCUGGAGUGGACGACAUAACCAUAAACGGCAGCAACAAAAACAGGGCAACCAAGAAAGAAGAAAUGGAUUUGUAUAAUGAUGAGGAGGAGAGAAAUGGCCUCACACAGGGUGAUAAACUGCGAGCACUGAAGAGCAAGAGGCAGGCCAGGUCGUCCUCAGGCUCACUAUCACAGGAGGAGAAUAAGAUUCACACCAGGUCGUCAUCACAGUCCCUGAGGUCCAUCUUACAGGCCAGUGUUCAGGGCUGUAAGACCAACCCCAUGUCUCUGUCUGACCACUCAGACAGCAGGAAGAGAACCAGAACCUCACUGCCAGCCAACAGUGUAGGAGGAAGACGCACUGCCUCCCAAGGACGUAAAACUCGCAGGUCUUUGAAAUCAAUUCGAUUUUCCAGGCUAUGUCACUCCAUACCCAAAGCUAGAGCUCCUCUACUUCGGUGAACCUGUGGAUCUGCAAAGCCUGAUGAACUUUACAUGAAAUCCUUUGUAUACAGCAGAACUAGUUUGUUGGAACAAACUUUAACCGAAGUGAUGUCAGCAUUUUAGAUUGUUUUUUUAUUCCAAGUCAUUUUCGCCUGAAGGCACUUUGUUUUUAUAAUUUUAACAGCAUCAUGAGACAAACUGUUUUAAUCAUUGCCUGGUUGUUCCUAUACUUUUAAAGCAUGCAGUAGCAAACAUCAGAUUGAAAUAUAUCUAUAUGACCGGCAUGUGAAUGUGUGAAUUCAAGAGAUUUCCUCCAGAAUACACACUGUACAGCAGAUAUUCUGCUUUUUAAAGAUGGAUGCCUCACACAAUACAGUACUGUGCACAUUUGUACCAUUGUUCAAUAUCUGGCUCGUCUUUUAUCCCAUCAUGUACUACAAGCUUUUCAGUACUGUAAAUGUGUGAUCAUUUGAUAUACUCAGUUUGUAUUUUGUAAAUAUUUUUGUACUAUGUUUGAAUCAUGCUAUAAAAACUCAAGGGUCCUAAAGGGGCCUUUAUCUAACUCAUGCUCAUAAUCCACAACAUAAGUUUGCUCACAGCACAGAAUUGGACAUUUUAAAUAAAAUUUUACCC